ACACAAGAGGUUGCCGCGGUCGCCAUGUUGCUGAAUGAAAUUAGCUCCCAAACAUUGAUAGCCGCUUAGCAAUAUCGAUGUUUGAUUUGUUCACGGAAUAACAUUUGUUACAGCAUGUGACUUCUCGUAAACAUGACUUAGGAUUCAUGCAACCAGCGCAGACGCCCCAGUUCCCUGACAAUCUGUAUUAAAUCUGGAGAGAUAGAUGUUUUUUUCCGGCGCUAAAGGUGCACACAGAUGUAAAGAUUGUUGUGUUUAGACAAACAGCGUCACGCAAUGCACCAUGGAAGUGGAUCACAGAAUAUGCAACGACAGCUCCAGAGAUCCAAGUCUGUCAGCGGGUCUGAAGCCGAGGAGCAGCAGCAGCAGCAGCCCACCAUGGCAGUCACACAGCAGCAAGCCACAGUCAACCACCCUCAAUCUCCUGUGACCACGUUCUCCUCCGCCGCCAGCCCGUCGGCCCCGCAGUCGCCCAACUAUCAGAUCAUCAUGAGUCGAAGCCCGGUCACAGGCCAGAACAUGAACAUCACGUUACAGAACGUGGGGCAGAUGGUGAGUGGGAACCAGCAGAUCACCCUAACCCCGGUCCCCAUCCAGAACCCAGGCUCCCCCGGCUUCCAGCACACGGCCCCUCAGUGGAGGUUUGAGCCCGCUCCCUCCUCCUACAUCCAGGUCACCUCACCUGUGCCGCAGCCCAUGCAGCCCCAGAGCCCCACCCAGCACAGCCCGGUUCCCCUGCAAGGUGUGACGAGGCCGGGAGCCCCGACCACGGCGCUGGGUGUGUGCGGGCAGAGUCCGACGCGGUUUGUGGAAGCUGGUAUGAUAGUGCGGCAAAUCAGUCUGGGCAGUCCGUCGGGAAGCGGCCACUUUGUGUACCAGGAGGGGACGGGACUGGCCCAGAUCAGCCCCGCCACACCUGGACAGGUACAGCUGGCCUCUCCGGGGGCGCCGGGCUCUGUGAGGGAACGCCGGCUCUCUCAGCCUCACUCGCAGACCGGAGGCACCAUCCACCACCUCGGGCCCCAGAGUCCCGUGGCCACCGGUACCGCUCUCUCCACUCUGGGCAGCCCCGGUCACAUCACCACAUCCAACCUACCUCCGCAGAUCAGCAGUAUCAUUCAAGGACAGCUCGCACGGCCCAUGAUAUUCGAGAAGCCGGCGCAAGGUGUGGUUACCGGAGUCGGAACCGCAGCCACGGCGUCCUUCAGCAUACCCUCCUCCAUUCCUCCCUCCAGCCCGUCCCUCACCAGUCCCACACAAGGCAUCGCCAACAAUCCUCUCACAUCAACGGGCAUGGCUGUGGGCGCCAUGAAGAAGCAGGUUCCCAAGAAGUUGGAGGAAAUUGCUCCUUCUACGCCAGAGAUUGCUCAGCUGAGGAAACAGUGCCUGGAGCACCACACCAAGAAGAUGGACAGCCUGAAGGAAGUGUUCAAAGAAUACCUGAUUGAGCUUUUCUUCCUGCAGCACCUCCAAGGGAACAUGAUGGACUACUUGGCUUUCAAGAAGAAGCCCUGUGUUCCUUUGUACACUUAUUUGAGACAGAACGACUUGGACCUUGAAGAGGAGGAGGAGGAGGAAGAACAGUCCGAGGUCAUUAACGAUGAGGUAAAGGUUGUUACUGGAAAGGAUGGCCAGGCAGUGACACCGGUUGCCAUAGCAACGCAGCUUCCUCCCAAUGUUUCUGCAGCUUUCUCUGUCCAGCAGCAGUUUCAGGGACACCAAGGGACUGCUGCUGGCACAAUGACAAGCCCUGGAGAAAUGGAUGCCUUUAAGAGGCAGCAGGCUAUGGUGCAAGCAGGCGGAAUGCCGCCUACUCCUCAAGCGGUCCAGAUUGCAGGACAGAAGCAGAACCAGCAACAGUACGACCCCUCCAAAGGACCUCCGGUGCAGAAUGCCGCCAGCCUGCACACUCCUCCUCCCCAGCUGCCCGGCAGGUUGCCUCAAGGAGCCCUCCCUAUGACCGGCCUGCCCAUGACGCUCUCUCAGCAGACUCAGUUAGUGGAGAACACGGCCCAGCCUGGUGGUCAGCUCCAGGCACAGGUGAAGGUGCAGCCAGGUGGUUCUAUCCUGACCGCAGUGAACCCGCACACACAGCUCCAGGCCCAACUGCAGCAGCAGAUGCAGCCAGGUCUUCACCUCCAGUUGCAGCCCCAGCAGCAACAAUCCCAGGCCAUGCUUCAGUCAGGACAAGCAACGGUGGCACUUGCUCGCCCUGGUACAGAGUCAAACCAGCCAGUCCAGAGAAUCAUGACCAACUCAACUCACUCCAUGACAUCCAUAUCUCCCGCUCCCCUCUCCGCUCCCAAUGCUCUUCCGACCCCACACACUGCAAGCCCGCUCCGCCCUCUUGGCUCCAACAUCAACCCGAGCACCCAGUCCAAACUGACUGGAACCAAUGGCAUAUCCGCUGUCAAAAUUGGUGGCUUUGGUCAAAGUGCGACCAUGCAGUCCUCUCAGGAGGGAACCCAAGAUAAGCAAGUUGAGCAGGCCAAACUGGAGAGUCAAGUGCAUCAACGCAUCUCUGAGCUAAGGAAGGAGGGCCAGUGGUCGGCCAGUAGGCUCCCCAAGCUCGUGGAAGCCUCACGUCCAAAGUCCCACUGGGACUACCUCCUGGAGGAGAUGCAGUGGAUGGCAGCUGACUUCGCCCAGGAGAGGAGAUGGAAAGAGGCCGCUGCGAAGAAGCUUGUUCGCACGUGUGCCCGUUACCACCAAGAGCAGAAGAAAAGUGAAGAGAGGUCGAAGAAAGAAAGGGAAAUUCAUCUUCGUCACAUUGCCAGCACAAUUGCACGAGAGGUGGAAUUCUUCUGGGCAAACAUCGAGCAGGUUGUGGAAAUUAAACUCCAGUUUGAAAUUUAUGAGAAGAGGCUCAAAGCGCUCAGCUUACAAAAAGCUUCAGCCAAAGUACCUGGUCAGUCAACAGGAGUGAAAGCUGAUAAAGAGGAGGUUGCGACUUCAACUAAAAAAAGAAAAUCAAGUUCAUCCUUGGUUGACGAAGAUGUUGGAGAUGAAGAGAGCACCAUAGAGGAACAGGAGGUCAUGGAGGGCGAAGCAGACCACAAAGCAGAGUUGGUUGACCUUGCCAAAGAUGCUGAGAUGCCUCUGGAUGCUUUGAUGAAGCAGUAUGCUGGCGCCUACGUUGACAGCUUCGACUGGCCUCAGCCUAGUCCUCACAGUGAUGAGGAUGACAUGGAUGAGACCGAAGAAGUGGAGUGUCCUGCUGCAGGAAGUCCACCUGAGGCGGUGCUGAUCGACUCCCUGCUUAGUGUGGACCAGUUCCGUGGUGCUGACAAAGCCUCUUCCUCCGACUCUGAUGGGAAGCCUGCAAGAGACAUCGCUGAAGUGGCUGCUGCCACAGAGCUCAUCCUGCCUAAAGGCAGCUUCAGGACCACUUCCUCAACCCGCAGCCCAGCUCCUUUUCUGCUGCAUGGGUCGCUGCGAGAAUACCAGCAAAUUGGUGUGGACUGGAUGGUAAACCUUCACAAGAAACACCUCAAUGGCAUCCUAGCAGAUGAGACGGGCCUUGGCAAGACUGUACAGACAGUGGCUUACAUGGCCCACUUAGCUGGCCAAGAGGGCAUCUGGGGACCCCACCUUAUCGUAGUGAGGACGUGCAAGUUGCUAAAUUGGGAGGUGGAGUUCAAACGCUGGUGUCCUGGCCUUAAGAUCCUCCUGUACCUUGGCAACAGAAGGGAGCGCCGAUCUAAGAGAAUGUGGUGGGGGGAAGCCAACAGCUUCCAUGUUUGUGUGACCUCUUACAAGCUGCUGAUGAAAGACCACAGCCACUUUCUGAGGAGAAGGUGGAGGCACCUGGUCCUGGACGAGGUGCAGCUCAUCAAAAACAUGACUGAGAAACACUGGGAAACCGUCUUUGCCCUCAGAAGCGAGCAGAGGAUUCUCCUCAUCAACACUCCCCUACAGAAUACUCUAAAGGAGCUGUGGACUAUGAUCCACUUCCUUUUGCCAGGAAUCACCAGGUCCUACUCCGACUUCCCUGUGAAGGCAGGCACAGACCAGAACCAGGACUACUGCCACAAACUGGUCAUCCGCCUGCACAGGAUGAUCCAGCCUUUCAUCCUGAGACGCUCCAAAAGAGACGUGGAGAAACAGCUGCCCAAAAAGUACGAGCACAUCCUGAAGUGCCGUCUCUCCAGCAGACAGAAGAGCCUUUACGAGGAUAUCCUCACUCAACCAGGAGCCCAGGAGGCGCUGAAGACUGGUCAUUUUGUCAGCGUGCUUCAGGUCUUGAUGCAGUUGCAGCGAGUGUGUAACCACCCUGAACUGGUGGCGCCCAGACAGAACAGCAGCUCCUACUUCUGCUCCUCUCUUCCAUACAACGUCCCGUCACUGGUGCUGGGAGCUCUGCAGAACGACUCGAGCAAGAUCGCAAACAUGUCCAUAUUUGAUCUGAUCAAUAACGAGAACAGACUGACUCGCUAUCAGACUGAAGAGGCGGUGCCCAAACUAAAGGUCACACAGCAGCUCAUCGAGGAGAUCUACACUGCUCCAGAUCCACCACCACGACCCAAGCCAUACCCGAUAAAACCCAUGAGAUUGUUCCAGCCUGUUCAGUAUGGGACAAAGCCAGAAGGUCGCCUGGCUGCCAUCACAGGCGCAGCAGGUCAGCGUCCUCUGACGAGCUCUCCUGCUACCAGCACCACUCCUUCCACCACCAGCCAGCCAGCCCAGAACCGGGGCAAGACCCCUGUCACCACUGCAACUACCACACCCACUUCGCACGCGGUUGGAACAGCUACUCAGAGAGCCCAGACUACCCCUCCUGUCAGCAGCAGCAGCAACACUGCCGCCUCCGCUGUAGCCUCCUCUGGGAACAGUGGCAUUGGGCAGCAUGUGUUGGGGGCCGCCUCGGUGGCCCUGGGCACAGUUGUGGGAUCCAUAGCUCCCAUCAGCCAGCCUGGAUUAGCGCAGGUCCCCAGGCCGGCUCUAGCCCCCAGCCAUGCGCUCCAGCCCAGCUUACUGUCCCAGAGGCUGGUUCUUACAUCCCAGGCCCAGGCACGGUUGCCUAGUGGAGAUGUGGUGAAGAUCGCCCAGCUGGCCAACAUAGCGGGCAGUCAGAAUCGUAUCUCCCAGCCUGAGACUCCCGUCACUCUGCAGUUUCAGGGUAACAAGUUCACUUUGUCCCCCAGCCAGCUCCGCCAGCUCACCACCGGACAGCCCCUGCAGCUCCAAGGCAACAUCCUGCAGAUUGUGUCGGCUCCAGGGCAGCAGAUCAUCAGGCCCCAGGGAUCCAUGGUAAUGCAAACAAUGCCACAAGCUGUUCCCACGUCCAACGCCUCAACUACACCUGGAACACCUCAUCCCGCCCUGUCAGCAGCCCAACAAGCAUUGGGUGUGACCACAAAUGCCACAUCGUCCCCCUCCAAGCUUGCCACUGCAGCUCAUGCUGCUUCUCAGGAGUCUUCGGAAGAAAAGAGCCAGCAGCUGAAGGAGCGUUUGAGCCGCCUGCUUCAAGCCAACGAGCGUCGCUGUAGCCGCAGAGUGCUGUACGGCUCAGACCUGCUGCAGGCGUGCACUUUGAGUUCAGAGCCCGGUCACUCAGCCCUGACUGCUGGAGGCUGGAGGUGGGUGGGCAGAGAGAGCUGCCUCAGGGCCCAGAGAACAUGCGUUGCCACAGCCUCUACACUGCAGUCCACUCUGCUGUCUGUGGAGGACCGCCUGGAGGCUGCCAACAGCCUUAUCAAGAGGCUGGUAUGUGUGGUGCCUCCAGCUGUAGCUCCACCUCCUCACCUGUAUGCAGCCAAUCCCCCGGUUCCCUACAGCCUCGAGCGGAAGUCUCUUCACCGUCGGCUACAGGAGGCCUCCGGCCCCCACAGCGCUGACAUCCACCACUUGGCGUCCAGGCGUCUUUUCCGUUUUCCUGACCUGCAGCUGAUGCAGAUGGACUCCGGCAAACUGGAAGCUCUUGCCAUUCUGCUGCAGAAGCUCAGGUCAGACAGCCGCCGUGUCCUCAUCUUCACUCAGAUGGUGAAGAUGCUCGACAUCCUGGAGGCCUUCCUGGAUCACAGGCAGCUCACGUAUGUGCGGGUGGAUGAAAGCUUCACUCCUGACGAACGACAGGAGAAUAUGAAGAAGUUUAACAGGAACAGGAAGGUAUUCUGCAGCAUCCUGACCAACCGCUGCUGCUCUGCAGUUGGGACUGUUUUUGACGCAGACACCAUCAUCUUCUACGACACAGACCUCAAUCCCAGCAUGGACGCCCGCACCCAGGAGUGGUGUGACAAAAUAGGACGUUCCAAGGAUAUACACAUAUACAGGUUGGAGAGCGGGAACUCCAUUGAAGAGAAGCUGCUAAAGAACGGCACCAAGGACCUGAUCAGAGAGGUGGCGGCCCAGGGUACGGACUACACCUUGGCUUUCCUCACACAGCGGACAAUCCAGGAUCUGUUUGAGGUGGAGGCGGGCUCGGGGGAGAAGGUGGAGGAGUUUGUGGUUCUUCACCAGGAGCCUUCGGCCUCUGAAGCCAUCUCUCCCAGAGUGGCUCGACCCUACAUCCAGGCUCUCCACAGCAUAAACCUGGAUGCAGGGGAGGAAGAGCAGCAGCAGCAGCAGCAACAGCAGCAGGAGGAGCAGGAGGAGUUAGCAGGCAAGGAGUCACCAGAGGAUGACCAGGAGUCAGAGAGCCAAGCUAAAGAAGAGCCUGCUCACAAAGAGGAGCUGAACGCAGUCAUGGAACAGCUCACACCAAUCGAAAGGUAUGCCCUGCAUUACCUGGAGUACCUCCACAUCAGUGAUGAUGAAACUGCUCUCAAGGAGCGGUUGGAGUGCUCCAAGAGAGGCUGGGAGCAGCAGCAGCUGCAGAAGCUGAAGGAGGAGGAGGAGGAGCAGCAGAUAACGGAGGGAGACGAAGAUCUCUUCACCUACACCAGAGAGGAUGCCUAUAACAUGGAGUAUGUGUUUGAUGCAGAGGACGGCCACACAGAAAUCAUGCCGCUCUGGACUCCGCCCACACCGCCACAGGAUGACAACGACAUUUACAUCGACUCUGUGAUGAUGCUGAUGUACGACACCACACCCAUGCCGGAGUCCAAGCUGCCUCCGGUCUACAUCCGCAAGGAGCACAAGAGACUCAAGAUGGACCCGUCAGCAGCAGCCAGAAAGAAGAAGAAGGGCCAUGGAGAGACGGUCAUUCCUCCGCGCUCCCUUUUCGAAAAGGCCAGUAUGCUGAAAGUUCGCCGCGAGGGCAAGGACCAGAAAAAGAACUUCUCCCUCAAGCAGCAGGCGCCUUUCGCCAAGCCACUACCCUCGCUGGUUAAACCCGCAAUGGAGGCCGGUCAGGACAACCCAGAGUGGCUCAUCAGUGAGGACUGGGCUCUGCUGCAGGCUGUAAAGCAGCUGCUGGAGUUGCCUCUCAACCUGACGAUCGUGUCUCCUGCACACACUCCUAACUGGGAUCUGGUGAGCGAUGUGGUGAACUCCUGCAGCCGCAUCUACCGCUCGCCCAAACAGUGUCGCAACCGCUACGAGAAUGUCAUCAUUCCCAGAGAAGAGGGCAAGUUGGUGUAUGAGGCAAACCCCAAGAAGAAAACCAAGAGCAUAUACAAGUCUAAGAACAGUCGUCCUCUGAGGACCUGUCAGAUCUACACACAGGACGACAAUGCCACGCACAUUCAGCUCUACAACAGCCGCUUUGAACUCAUGAAGAUCAUUGCCAGCAAGAGGAGCCCACCAAUCAAACCACUGCUCGGCAUGAAUCCAUUCCAGAAGAAUCCAAAACAUGCUUCAGUCUUGGCAGAAAGUGGGAUCAGCUACGAUAAGCCCCUACCUCCCAUUCAGGUGGCCUCUCAACGUGCUGAAAGGAUUGCCAAGGAGAAAAAGGCCCUCGCAGAGCAGCAGAAGGCCCAGCAGUUGGCCCAGCAGCAGCAGACUGGAGCUCCCCAGGCCCAGGCCGCACCAGGCCAGGCGCAGGCUCCCGCUGCUGGCCAGGCUCAGGCUCAGGUCCCUCAGGCUGCCGCAGUGACCGGAGCCACUGCUGUGCCCAAUGCAGCUGUUCUGGCCGGAGCCAUAAAAAAUGCCACGGUGGGCACAACCAUCCAGGCUGCCACUGUAGGCGGGAAUGUGAUUGUGAACACAGUAGCUGGAGUUCCUGCGAGUCCCUUCCAGGCCAACAAACGCCUGGCACCUCCAGUCAUACCAGGCACCCUGUCUCCUGCGGGUGCAGCUGGAGCACAGGUGGUCCACGCACAACAGAGGGCCUUGACGCCUGCUGCCCCCACUGAAGUGGUCGCCAUAGCCACAGGUCAGGGUGUUCGGACCGUUACCCCGGUGACCGCGUCUGCAGUAGUUUCUACCACUCUGAGCCCGGUGCAGUCACAGACUCGCCCACUGGUCACUCAGGUCACAUCAGCCACAGGAGUGCAGUUGCAAGGAAAGAUUAUGCCACCACAGCUGCAGAUGCUCCGACAGCAACAGCUGCAGCAGCAACAGCAGCAACAGCAGGCAGCUUCCCCACAGAUGAAAGCUGUAGGCAAACCCCAGAUGCACAAGCAUAAGUUGCAGCUGCAGCAGCAGCAGCAGGUCGCCGCAGCGGUAGCGGCAGCAGCAGCCCAGGGCCAGCAGGCAGCAGGGGCCCAGCAGGCCACCCAGGUGCAGCCCGCUCAGGCCGCCCAAGCCAACACUCAACUAGCAGCCGUGGCGGCGACCAGACCUGGAGCCGUGCUGACAGGCCCCACCGUCACCAACCUGCAGGUGGCCAGACUGACUCGAGUGUCCACUCAGGGCCAGAUUCAGGCGCAGGCAGGACAGACGGCCCAGGUGACCCUCACCAAGCCUCCUGGGGUAAUGCCGGUGGUCUCAUCCCCUGGCGUCACUACGCUGCCAGUCACCAUGGCGGGCAUUAGUGCGGGCAUUAGUGUGGCCAUCGGUCAGGCCCAGAAAACAGGCGGGCCUGUGCUGACGCAGUCCUUCCCCCAGAUGCAGGUUCAGCAGCUGCUUCAGAUGAAGAAGCAGCAGCAGCAGGCGGCAGUUCAGGCGGCGCAGCAGAAAGUGGGACAGCUGCAGCAAGGACAGACCACUGUACAGCAGAAGAUCGGCACCCAGCAGGUGACGGUGCAGGCGGCACAGCCGGCGCAGCAGCAGCAGAAGGUGACCUACGCUGCCACCACCCAGCUCCAACCAGCAAUCAAGACCCAGUACCUAACAUCCAUCUCCUCGGGUCAGAAAGGAACGCUGAUGGCUAAGAUGGUGCCGCAGCAAGCCUCCGGGGCCAACAUCCAACAGAUCGUGUCUUCUACUCAGCAGCCCAGCGGGGGGAGCAGCUAGGAAGACGCACACUAAUGAAACUGACUGGUGGUUUUUGCGCAGUACAGUUCAGUGCUGAAGCGUUCUUAUGGAUCCCAGAGACUCCUCCCAUCAAUCUGAUGUAACACACAACCCUUCCAGUGCUCAGCUGUUGUGGCAGAAUCCUGGCGGGAUCCAUAAUUUAGCUUUACUGAGUCGACGUCGUUCCUUCAACUCUUUAUUUGUUGUUUUUGAAAUGUGGAAUGUUUCUUGAAAUUACCACAAACUUUAAAAAAUAUAAAAUAAUAAAAAAUGAUCCCCUUCAACUACUGCCCAACACAUCAAACGACAGUCAUGCCUUCAAAGUGAUGAUUAUAAUAUUACUCAACAGAAUACGUGAGGCUGAGGCUUGUGGGUAAUCCUGCAUUGGGAAAUGUGCUGUCCAUUAGAAUAAGUGUAUUCAUAAAUAGUCCCUUUUAUGUCUAAUUCCCUUUGUUGUCUAUAGAUACUGAAUGGAGAAUAAUGCACGUUCCUUUAGUCAUUUGUUUUUUAUUGCAGCAGAUACACUGUAAACAUGUACUUUAGUAUUUUGUGUUUUCUCAUAAAUUGUCUUUUUUUAUUGAUGUCAAGAAAAAAAAACUGUAAAUAUCAAUGAAAAACAUUUGUACUUGUAAAGUAGUCGUGUUUUCAUUGGGUUUUUUCAGCCUAAUUGUAAUAAAGUGUUUUGUUUUUAUACACAAA